AACAAAUUGCUUACGAACAGAGACGACUUCGGAGUGCGAGUUUCAUUUUAAAAUAUGAGUAACAUUUAUAUUCAAGAACCUCCAACGUUCGGAAAGGUUCUGCUCAAAACUUCCGUUGGUGACAUCGAUAUCGAACUGUGGUCGAAGGAAUGCCCGCUGGCUUGUCGUAACUUUGUGCAGCUCUGCCUCGACGGCUACUACGAUGGAACGAUCUUUCACCGCCUCGUCAAGGGGUUCAUUGUGCAAGGCGGUGACCCGAACGGUGACGGAACGGGCGGGGAGUCGGCGUUCGGGCACACCUUCAAGGAUGAAUUCCACUCUCGACUGCGCUACGUUCGCCGAGGGCUGGUCGGAAUGGCGAAUUCGGGCAAAAACGACAAUGGAUCUCAGUUUUUCUUCACACUGUCCGCUACACCGGAAUUGCAGAACCAGAAUACACUGUUCGCCAAGGUUACGGGCGAUACGGUUUACAAUAUGCUAAAGCUGGAGGAAGGCGAGGUGUACGAAACUGAACGGCCGCACUAUCCGCACCGCAUCAUCCGGAGCGAGGUGCUCAACAAUCCGUUUGACGACAUUGUACCUCGUAAUGCGGCAGACCAAGCAAAACAGCCGGCCGAUGAGGGUGCUCGGAAAAGGCGAAAAGAAAAGGGCGUCAAAAACUUUGGCCUUCUUUCGUUCGGUGACGAAGCCGAGGAGGAAGAGCAGGAAAUGAACGUCUUGAUUCAGAAGACAUCCAGCAGUGCUCGUGGGAAGUCGUCACACGACGUGCUCGAUGAUCCCAAAUUGAGCAAACAAUCCAUCGAACACACAGUUAGCCAUCAAGGCACGUCAAUGGAUGCAGAUGCCGAGAGCGAUUCGUUCGAUGCGCGGAUCGAUCGUGCAUCCGAAGAACGGUCCAAAGGCAUCACCCGAGAUGAAGACAUUAAAUUGGUUCGCGAUAAGCUAAAGCGUAAACCAUCUGCCGAAAAGCGCGCGCAGGAGGAACUGCGCGCCCAAACUGAAUCCGACACCGACUCUGAUGGUUAUCAGUUGGAUGGUGCGAAGAAAAAGUGCAAACGCGAGGAGGCAGAGAAAAUUCGCCAAGAGAUAACCAAACUAAAGCGCGACUAUCACACCGAUAAACAGUCGAAGGACAAGAAAAAAGAGAAAGAAGAGGCCAAAGUUUCGAAAAAAGAAUCCCGCAAGGAAGUGAUGAAAGAUGUGCUGAGGGUUCAGGAGGAGUACGCACAGAAGAGCAGUCAGCUCCCGAAGAAAGGUAGCUCGAGAGAAAACUUUACCAUGCAAUUGUUGCAAAAGUUUAAAUCGAAAUUGCUAACGGCGCACGAGCGUGACGAAUCGACGAGCGAAGGCACGGUGGCAGCGACCGAAGAAGACGCGGAAAAAGACAUCCAGGGAGACAAUUGGUUAUCGCAUCGAUUGGAGUUCGAACAGAAGGAUCCCAUUUUGGCGAAAGAUGCAGCCACCAAGGACGACGAUUGGUACGACGUUUACGAUCCCCGCAAUCCGCUCAACAAACGAAAACGAGGCGCCAAACAGGACGGUGUCAAAGCGGCAAAGAAAUGAAAAAAUCCAGCUUUGAAAUGUAUCAUCAGAAAGUGACGAAUAUGUGUAUAUAUGUAUGUGUGUAUUUAAAUUACUAAACCUAAGCCGCAGCAUCCUACCAGCCUACGUUGAUGGUUUCCGAGCGAAGCCAUCUACUUUUGCACGGAAUGUGUCACAAUAAUGUUACGCUGUGAAACCAUGUCAAUUGUCCCUGCACUGUGGUGACAUCUAAUGUUAGCUUAAUUUGUAUAAAACAACAGGUACCAGCGUUAGAUAGUUAUUUGUUGCAACGUAGACAAUAACGAGUUCACGUCGCUGUCGAUUUCGCUUUUCACGUUCAAGGUGCUGAUCUGGUCAACUAUGUCAUCGAAAUCGAGCUGUCGCUCCCGCACUCGUUCAAGCUGUUCGGAAAACUCCGCAAACAUUUGUUCUAACUUUUCCUGACUGAACCCGAGCUCUCGUUGUUGGUGCUGUAGCAGUGGGUUUCGCAGUUGCUUCUUGAACACGGAGAAUAUAAGUUCGCAGAUCGCAAUCGUCUUCUCACGAUGUCUAUGAAUGUCGCUCUGCGUGAGUUUCUGCAUUUUUGAUAUGAUACGCUCCGACAGGCGUAGUUUGCCGAUGGCAAUAUCCAAGGCCAGCAAACCGUUCGAGUCACGCAGAAGUACGUUCGUCCCGUAAUCUAGUAGCAUUUGCACAACAUCG